AAACCCAACUCUCAGAACAAGGGAAGGUCUGAUCUCUUUAUUCAACCUACGGGAAAAGAAAGGGAAGAAAAAGCAUUACAGCUAAAAGAGAAGAUUUAUGAGGAAUCAAAGAUGAACUUGGAGCAGGAGAGGCCUUUUGUCUGCAGUGCCCCAGGCUGCUCACAGCGUUUUCCAACAGAGGAUCAUCUGAUGAUUCACAGGCACAAACACGAAAUGACUUUGAAGUUUCCUUCAAUAAAAACAGAUAAUAUGUUAUCAGACCAGACUCCUACACCAACCCGAUUCCUGAAGAACUGUGAGGAAGUGGGCCUCUUCAAUGAUAUUGACUGUUCCUUAGAACACGAGUUUAGAAAGGCACAAGAAGAAGAGAACAAUAAAAGGAAUAUCUCAAUGCAUAACACAGUUGGAGGAGCAAUGGCAGGACCUGGAACCCACCAGCUCACAAAUACUAGGAUGCCAAACCACGACACCAGCGUUGUGAUUCAACAAGCCAUGCCAUCUCCACAGUCCAGCUCGGUCAUAACACAAGCACCUUCCACAAACCGUCAGAUUGGGCCUGUUCCAGGUUCUCUGUCUUCACUACUACACUUACAUAACCGACAAAGACAGCCCAUGCCUGCUUCAAUGCCUGGCACCCUGCCCAAUCCUACUAUGCCUGGAUCUUCUGCAGUUUUAAUGCCAAUGGAGCGACAAAUGUCAAUGAACUCCAAUAUCAUGGGGAUGCAAGGCCCAAAUCUCAAUAACCCAUGUGCGUCACCCCAAGUCCCUCCAAUGCAUUCAGAAGCCAAAAUGAGGUUGAAGGCAGCAUUGACUCAUCAUCCUGCAGCCAUGUCAAAUGGAAAUAUGAACACCAUGGGCCAUAUGAUGGAAAUGAUGAGCUCACGACAGGACCAGACGCCACAUCAUCAUAUGCACUCACAUCCACAUCAGCACCAGACGUUGCCCCCUCAUCACCCAUACCCACAUCAGCACCAGCAUCCAGCACACCAUCCUCAUCCUCAACCCCAUCACCAGCAGAACCAUCCACACCAUCACUCCCACUCGCACCUUCACUCACACCCGGCGCAUCACCAGACCUCUCCGCACCCGCCCCUGCACUCAGGUGGACAAGCACAGGUUUCACCAGCGGCACAGCAGAUGCAGCCCACUCAGACAAUACAGCCGCCUCAGCCCACUGGGGGUCGCCGGAGGAGAGUAGUGGAUGAAGAUCCAGACGAGAGGCGGCGGAAAUUUCUGGAAAGAAAUCGAGCUGCUGCCACACGUUGCAGACAGAAGAGGAAGGUCUGGGUGAUGUCACUGGAAAAGAAAGCAGAAGAACUCACCCAGACAAACAUGCAGCUUCAGAAUGAGGUUUCCAUGUUGAAAAAUGAGGUAGCACAGCUGAAACAGUUAUUGUUAACACAUAAAGACUGUCCAAUCACAGCCAUGCAGAAAGAGUCACAAGGAUAUCUAAGUCCUGAGAGUAGUCCUCCUGCAAGCCCCGUCCCAGCUUGCUCACAACAGCAAGUCAUCCAGCAUAAUACCAUUACAACUUCCUCUUCCGUCAGCGAUGUCGUAGGAAGCUCCACCCUCAGUCAGCUUGCCAGUCAUAGAACAGACAUGAACCCAAUUCUUUAAAACGGAUUGGUCAGGAACUGCUAUGGGAGAGUGGUAGCAUAAUCAAAUGUCCUUUGUGUUAAGGACAUUUUCAACACUAACUCAGCCCUGGAAGACUCCACAAUCCUUGGAAGACUCUGGCUUUCAUUUUUAUCAUUAUUAAACUAUGCUUUUUAUACUUAGUUACAAAAAGGGAGUUAUGCAAUUACUAUACUAUCCGCUUGGGAAAUGCUUUGGUGCUUUCUCCAAUUUUUUGGUACCAGUUACUUGUUUAUAAACUGAGAUGCUUCUGUACAUAGUUGCGUUUCCUUCUUACCAGUCUAGCCCGAGGCCUCAGAAGCAUGUUUUGUUAAACAGCAGCUUGUUAGCCAAAGUCAUACAUAGGUAACUGGGAAGAAUUAGGAUACGUAGGCAUUCAGGGAGUCUCGUGAUAACACAUGAAAAAGUGAGUUAGCUUUGCAAUAUCAUCAGAAUCCCGCAAUGUAUUCAGAGCCUCUUUCAGAGAAAAGAAUGGUUACAUAAUAUAUGGAUAUAUGAACAAAAUCAAACCCAAAUCAUAUGCUCUCUUGUCUUGCUUUCCUUUCACUUCCCUAUUGUCCCUCUUCUACUUAAACUCUCUUUUGUCCUUCGUUUAUCCUUGCAUCUUCACUCUAUAAACUCUGAGGCCCUUUCUCCUUCAAGCUUCUUUCUGUCUUCGCAUUCCAAGUCCCUCUUCUCCCUACCGCCUUUUUUCUUCUGAGAACGCUAAUGAAGAAGAAACAACUUCAGACCCACCCUCCAAUCCCCUCCCUCUGCCUGAAAAAAAAAAACCUUGUUGGCAUGGUCACUGCUUUCAAUAGCCCUUCACCCACAGCUGGGCUGCACUGAACUUUUGCAUUAAAAAAAAAAAAAGAAAUAGGAGUUUAAAGCUCCUGAUUUAGUGUUUUUAAUAAACAGUGAAUGUAGUUUAGCCGCAGGUGAUGCACGAUUGAAAGUCUGCUGUGCUGCUAUGAGGGGGGAAGGAGCCUUGUAAGCUUCUGUUAUAAAUGUCCCUGGCAGAGUACAAGGAUAGCAAAUCACACCUGUUUAUUACAACGGUUUUUUACGCUGCCAAUUGUUGAUGUAGAAAAGCCAUGUAGUACAUAAUAAUUCUGAAACAUUCUAUUCACUAAACCAGUGACAUUGUUCUAUCAUCAACUGCUAAUAGCCUAACCUUUAUGUCUUAUUUCUAGCCCAUUAAAUCAGUUUGACCGGUGAGGAAUAGUUUAUUGUUAACUACCACAAGAAAAGACCAGUUCUUCACAACUGUUCUUUUAAACAUUUGUGGGCUAGAUCCUUCGCUGGAGUAGAUAAGUGUAACUCCAUUCACUUAAAGCAGGGAUGGAGAACCCAUUUUGGACUGGGGGCCACUGACCCACAGAAAAAUCAGUCAGGGGCUGCACACAAGAGAGAAAUAAAAGAUAAAAAACAAUACACCUUCACUGACAUUGUCCCUGUUCCACCAGAGCUUACAGGCAGCCAGCCUAGGAGAUUUUAUGUGCUCCAGCCCCACAGGAGGACAGCCGGGGGAGGAAGAGGGCUGGAGCACCUGUGCAGGCUCCCCAAUGCUGGGGGGGAAGCCCAGAGCCAUGGGGCCGGAUCCAGGCAAGCCCGAGACUGCAUCCAGCCCCUAGGCCUUUGGUUCCCCACCCCUGACUUAAAGGAUCACUCCCAGUAUGACAUUAAAAAGCUCGUUUUAGCUGCUGUAUGUUACAAGAAUGAUGUAAAAUCUGCUAGAUGCAGUGGAUGAAAUUUACUCUGUGCAGAAGGUCAACAAAAGGCCUAGGCAUGCCUUAUAGACUAAUUAAGGCCUAUUUUGAAUGCAUAGGCCUUGCAGGUCUUGUACUGGCACUCUGCACAGAGGUGACUUUCAGCCUGAGAUGGUACCGGUCACAUAUGGGAAAUCAAGUACUAAGAGCACAGUAAAGAACAGUGCAUUUGUUAUAUUAUUUUUCAGUAUGUUUGGACCCUGAUUCCACUCCCACUGAAAUCAGUAGCAAACAUCCCAUUGACUUCAGAGGGAGCAAAACCAGGAUCUUAUUCUGUUGUGACAAAUGUUUGGAAGUGCAUUUAAAAAAACCCACAUAUGUUAAUUAACCUCCUAACAGAUACUCUGCUGCUAAACUCUUCAUUCCCAAAUUGAGUUGUUUUCCUCAAAGGUUGUUUCAUUGUUUUCAGAGGAAUAAUACAUUUUAAAGAGCGGCUUUUAUUUAAAAAAACAAACAAAGGAAGACUUCCCCCCUCCCCCCCAUGAAGCAUUGUAGUAUGUAGAGCCCAUUUUGGAAGGGAAAGUGAUUUCUAAGAAUCAUGAACCAUGAUUCUUUUUAUUUUGGUAACUCAGUUUAAGUUUUACCAGUAUUCUUUAACAGAUCUCUUUCCAUUUAUGCAAAUAUUUUUGGAAGAAGAAUUUUGAGUGUACAAUAUAGAAAUCAUGACUUGAUUAUAUAGCUUGAGAACCAAAACAACAAAACAAAUAUAAAGGACUUUCUAUUAUAUUUUAGACAAACAUAUACUUUUAAAAUGUUUAAAUACUGAAUCUAUAAUUCAUUUCAAAAUCUCAUUGUAAUAACGGAAUGGUUUUGCUCCCUCGUAGCUACCAAGGAAACUUUGUUCACAUACACAGCUCUAAGCAUAAAGUUCCAGUUGAAGCUUCUUUAUAAAAAAUAAAAAAGGAGGUAUUAUCUUCCCAAAUUUCAUGGCUCACCAUCAAUCCCUGCCAUCUCCCCUCCCCGACCAGCAAAAUGCCAUCAUAGUGUUAAUUUAGUUUAAACUUUUUUUUGCAUGGAUAGCACUUAAAUACAUUAUAAAAGAACUGUGGAUAAUAUUAGAAAAACAAAUGAGCUACACUGCACUAGAAUUAAGAUUUGGUUUUACUUUUGUUUGGACUCAGUUGAAAUAUUUAGCUGUUAAACUGAAAGCCUCUACAGUAAAAAACAAAAAACAAAAAAACAAAAAAAACAAAAAACAACUUGCCUGAGUUUUGUUAAAUCCAGCAACUUGACAGUUUGACUGAUGUGUAUUAUAUAUAGCUCAAUUAUGUCUUUUUUAAUGCUAAAUAGGCAAGCCAGCCACGCAUUUGCCUAAAUGUGUAAUUAUAAUGAACUGUCUCCUCUCUAUGCUAUUGGCCUAUAUAGGUAUAAUUGUUAUUAGUGAUAUGGAAAUAAGUAAAGGUUGAAAGCUAUUUGCUACUGCUUCUUGUAAUGCUACGUGCAAGGUUCACAAGCCAAAACAACAUGCAACAUAUUGAUAUCAGGUAUUUCAGUAGAAGGACCAACCAUCUGACGCACAUUUCACUGCUCAACAGAUAAACUUCCAUCAUGUUUACAAUAUACUUGCUUUUGGGGGGACUGACCCUGCAGCCUUUAUUUAGGCAAGUGGUCUUUAAACCCUCUCUCUGAAGACUGUGACAUGUAAGGGCUGGAGGAAGAGGGCCUAUGUCAACAUCUGUGUAGGAGGAGCAGCUUGUUUUUAAGCUCUGAUAUUCUAAAUGAAUUUUCUGUGCUGUUUCAUUCAAGGAUAAAUUCUAUUUUUCUGUGGGCUACUACUGGAGACCGAUAUGUGUUACACCUGCCUCUCUUCAGCCUGUUGAAGCUGUCAUCAGUCACUGCCAGUGAGCUAUCAGAGUAACUCCCCAGCCUUAUUUCAUGGGAGUUAACAGUACAGAUGGAUGAUCCUGACCACGUUUCUCACUCAAAAUGAAGCAUCCGUAUAUUAAACUGUCCCUCACUGUGCAACUCUGAAAGAAAGUAUGUUGGAAAUCCUAGCCAUGGAUAAAUGCAAUACUUUCCCAAAAGUGCUGUGUUGUGAUUCAAACAUUUUGUCCCCUUGAGUCAAUUUAUGCAAGCCAUAUUCAUAACACUGCCUGUGGGAGGCAAGUAGUUUGUGUGCUAUCAUGUUGUGUUUUAGAAGGACAAUAAGGAUAAUGUAGAGAAUUUCAUGCUGUUUGGAGUUAAUUCAUGCAGUAUAACUAAAUGUGUGCAGUCCAUGUUCUGAAUAGUGGAAAGUCAGCGGUUCAACUUCAGGCUGUUAUUUGCCUCAAUAUAUUUGAAUUUUAGCAUGUUAAUUGAUCUUGUCCUGUUAACUAACAAAACCAGCUGUAACUGUUGUGAAAAAAACCUGUCUUUUGGGGGAUUUGUAUUUUUUUAAGCAACAAUAUUAAGUGUUAAAACAGCCUUUUAGUUAGCAUAGAGUGUGCUUUUUAGCAGCUAACACCACAAUUUUUUUAAAAAAAUUAUAUAGUGAAUUUAUGAAAAUUCAUGAGGACCAAAGCAAAAUUUAAACAGGAAUCUAUUAAUGUAGUAUUCACAUAGAAUUUUAUAAAGUAUUUAUUAAUAAAUGUUAUUUUAACACAUUCCAUUUGAACAGUAUUCUUGUAUAGAAUCUGUUUUUUUUAAAGUUACAAUAUUAGUUUUGCAAUAAACUACUCUAGUUGUAUGUGUAUCUUAAUCUUUUAGGGUCUCAAGCAGACGUCAUCCAUCUAAGAUGGAAAGGUUUGCUGGGGUCUAUUGUACAGAAAUUCCUACGAUUGUUUUCUUUAAAGCAGCAUCUGCUUUUUGUAACAACAAAAGUUAUGAAUUUACAGUUGUUUCCUUUUUUUUUUUUAAAUGUGUUCUCUCAUUUUAGAAAGCACAGGUAAGCUAAAGGGAAAUAAUACAUAAAACUGGAAACCCUGUCUUUACUAGGCUGAUUAUAUAUAUAUAUAUAUAAUCACCAAUGGAGACCUAACACCAUUCUUGCUUCUUUUCUACUAUUACAUAGUGAGUUGCACUAUACUGCCUUACCAUUACUGCCCCUUCUAUCUUUUACUAAGCAGUGUUGAGUAGCUUUAGACCAUUGAAGCUCCACUAUAUAUCAAAUAAAAUUAGUAGAGGGGGAAGAAAAAAUAAUUUUAAUGUGUAUAAAUGAGAACAAAACAGUGCCUAUAAAACAAAACCAGUUCCAACUAAUUAAUACCUUAUUUCUACAUUUCAGUAAUUUAUAUUAUUUUACAAUUGCACUUUAGCUCUCGCUCUCUCUUUCUUGCUCUCCCUUUUGGGGUCAUUUAACUGUUUGCAUCAGAUACAUUUACACACUUUCCCUGGUGGCAUAUCUACCGUUUGUCUGUCACAUCCGCCCAAAUGGAGGACAACUAAGAGAAGCUGAGUGCAGCCAAUCUGCAACAUGACUUAGACUUUAAACCUUUGCUGUGAUGGCAUAUAAAUGUUUUAUUAUGCAAAGUAUGUGAGGCAGCAUCUAAGGUAUAUUUACUUAGUCUAUCUCAUCCUGAGAACCAAAGUGUCCUGUACACUGUAGGGCAGGAGACUGGCUCUUUGUGCAUUAUAAUGCCUUUUUUAUUAUUUCCAGCCUAUGGUAGUAUCUAUUGAGCUGCAGUGAUAACAAUGGCCAUACAAUGUGCUUGAAUUAAAAGUCCAUAAAAUAUGUUGCCUUGUAACUUAAUAGGGGACAGCACCUUUGGAAAAAAUAAAGACUGAAACCUAAGGACAAACAAAAGAAUAAAAUCUGCCACAGAAAAAAGACUCAUUCAUCUGCAUUUAUCACCAAAGAUGAUAAAGUGUAUGUUAACGUGCAACCGCUUCUUACUGCUUGUGGUUAUCUGGCUUUUAUCAUUGGCUUUGUGCUUGGAGCUAAAUUGCUUCCCAGAGCUUGUUUUCUUUUCUGUGAGUCUUCCAUACCUUUCAAAACUACUUUUCUGAAAUCUUUAAAGAUAACGUAAGCUGAAAUGUCAGUGUGGGUUAAAAGAUUAAUUCACAACAUGGGAAGUCUGAUCCCUUUCCAAGGUUUUCCUUGGCUAAGAAUCAAUAAUUAUGAUCAGUUAUUUUUAGACCAGUGUAUAAUAUCUAGUAUACAGGAUCUGUAAGGCCCUGUGUUAAUACAACUUAAACAUUGCUUAUGUAAAGUUUCAGGAGGCAGGACUAUUUCAAAAACCUUUGUAUUAUUUUAUAAUGUAAUGGCCUUUUGUCACAUCCCUAGACAAAAGAUUAGACUCUGAGACCGCUUCACAAAAUUGUAGCUUCCCAGUGAUAACAAGAAAAAAUAACAAGAGGGGAAAACCAGUGUUGCUAGCAAAGGGGAAUUCGGAGGGGAAAUGGAUUUUCCAUCCCUCUCUCCCUAGAGGCUGCUAAAGGAUCCCUGGCAGGGACAACUUUUACCAUGGCUCAGAAAGAUACUCUGAAAGCCAGAUCAUUUCUGCACCCAGGCUUUUAUCUGCAGCUCUUCCUCAGGCAAACUCAGUGAUGAUGGUUGCCUGAAUAAUGACUUCAGGAUUGGGACCCCAGUAUUUCCCAAUCCAUAUUUAUGGGCUUUCUCCUCUCCUCCCAUAUAUUGCUCAAUGUAAACACUGAUCAGUUGCUUCUUUUAAAUAUAGUUACUAUAUAGGAACACUGAUUUUUUUAAAAAACUUUUAGCACUGCUUGGAGUAAGCCUAAACUAUGGAAGUCUAUAUAUUAAAAAAAAAAAAAAAAAAAAAAAAGGUGCUGUCACUUUAAGUUUUGGGUUUGAGGUUGUCUGUAUUGUACUAAAGGUUUUGUGUAUGUCUGUCUGUUUUAUUCUGUAAAGUAACCACCUUCCUCGCUGGAAGGAGAGAAUUUUUUUUUUUUUGGUACAUAAAUGUAAAUACGUUCUGCGGCAUUUAAUAUGUUUAAUUUUAUGUUAUGCUUUUUGUUUUGUCCAGAACUCAUUUAUUGUUACAAAUGGACAAUGCGUUCAUUGAGAUUGUUCACCUAGUUCAGAUUUUUACAUCUCUUUCUAGCUAGAAGAGACAAGAUUUUGUGCAUUUGUACAAAUGUUAAUAAUAUCACUGCAAUUCCAAUAUAAUAAAGCACUCAAAUGCAAGUACUGCCUCUCUCUAGUUUUG